AUGGCCUCCAUGGGGAUGCAGAUGCUUGCCAGUGCCCUUUGCCUGCUGGGUUGGGCAGGGGUCAUCAUCAGCUGCAUAAUGCCAAUGUGGCGAGUCACAGCCUUUGUGGGCAGCACCAUCGUCACCUCUCAGACCAUCUGGGAGGGCAUCUGGAUGACCUGUGUGGUCCAGAGCACAGGGCAGAUUCAGUGUAAACCUUAUGACUCUCUCCUUGCUCUUGGUGGUGAUCUGCAGGCCGCCAGGGCUCUCACUGUCCUUGCCAUUGUUACUGGUGGUGUAGGCCUAAUUCUGGCCUUCAUUGGUGGGAAGUGCACUCGCUUCAUGGAUGGAGAAGGAAGCAGGAUGAAGAGCAAGGUGGCCAUAGCAGCAGGGACGGUGUUGAUCGUCACAGGGCUGUUGUGUUUGAUUCCCUCAUCAUGGACGGCUGGUUCGGUCGUGAGGAAGUUCUACAGCGCCUCCAUAGAUGCUCAGCGCAGGGAGAUUGGAGCCUGUCUCUACAUUGGCUGGGGAGCGUCCAUCCUGCUUAUUCUGGGAGGGGGUCUGUUCAUCAGCUCAGCGUGCCCCAUCAAAGCACACAAUGAAGACAAGAACCCAUCUGUCCGCUACCUGGUAGUCCGCUCCAAUGGGCCCAGUCAGGCUGGUUCUCAACACAGCAGGAUACCAUCAGCAAAGUCUCAGCCUGUUGGUGCAGUUUUCACCAGGCCUCAAAGCUACGAGGGGGCGUCCGCUAAGUCUCAGUCAUACACAAGGCCUCCCUGGGAGGAUGUGCCUGACCAGGGCUCGAGGCAGGAGUCAGAGAGAUCGUGGGCACCAUCAACAAAGUCUCAGAUGAAAAGACCAGACUCCAAAUCAGAAGAAAGUGAUGCUCUUUCUACAAAGUCUCAGCUGAAACGAGCAGAGAUGGAAGAGACUUUAUCAGACUCGGUCAAGAAUGACAAUGAGGACGUGUCCUCAAAUCCAGCAAGAACAUACUUAUAA